AGUGGACUAGCGUGUGUGGUGUGGUGUGGAGUGGAGUGGAGUGGAGUGGGGUGAGUGAGUGAGUGACGUGCACAAUGGAUGCGGUGCUGCGCGCUGCGCUCUUGGUCCUCGUGCUCCUGGGGAUCGGGGUUCGGGAGGCUCGAGCGCUCCAGUGUCACUGCCACAACUGCGCCAACCUGACGUGCGUCACGGACGGCGUGUGCUACCUGGCGGUCACCAGGCAGGGCAGCAGGAUCACGAUGCAGAGGAGCAUGUGCAUCGCGGCCAAGGACCUCAUCCCGCGAGACCGGCCCUUCGUCUGCGCCCCCUCCCUCAAGGACGACUCGGUGUACCCCACGUGCUGCACCACCGACCUCUGCAACAAGAACCUCAACCGGAGCUUCUUUCCAGACCCCCCGGCGAAGAGCCCACCCCUGGGCCCCGUGGCCCUUGCGGCCGUGAUCGCCGGCCCCGUGUGCCUGCUGUGUUUCGUGCUGGUGUUGGCCUUUUACAUCUGUCACGGCCGCUCCGUCAUCCACCAGCGUGUGCCCAAUGAGGAGGACCCCUCCAUGGAUCACCCCUUCAUCACUGUGGGCACCACCCUGAAGGACCUCAUCUACGACAUGACCACCUCUGGCUCUGGCUCAGGUCUUCCCCUGCUGGUGCAGAGGACUAUUGCGCGGACCAUCAUCCUGCAGGAGAGCAUCGGGAAAGGCCGCUUCGGCGAGGUGUGGCGCGGGAAAUGGCGUGGCGAGGAGGUGGCUGUCAAGAUCUUCUCCUCCCGUGAGGAGCGUUCCUGGUUCCGUGAGGCUGAGAUAUACCAGACUGUCAUGCUGCGGCACGAGAACAUCCUGGGCUUCAUCGCUGCCGAUAACAAAGAUAACGGCACGUGGACUCAGCUGUGGUUAGUGUCCGACUACCAUGAGCACGGCUCGCUCUUUGACUACCUGAACAGGUACACGGUCACCGUGGAGGGCAUGAUUAAGCUGGCACUGUCCACCGCCAGUGGCUUGGCCCACCUGCACAUGGAGAUUGUAGGGACACAAGGUAAACCGGCCAUCGCGCACCGUGACCUUAAGUCUAAGAACAUUCUGGUGAAGAAGAACGGGACGUGCUGCAUUGCCGACCUGGGGCUGGCCGUCCGCCACGACUCUGCCACAGAUACCAUCGACAUUGCCCCCAACCACAGGGUGGGGACCAAAAGAUAUAUGGCCCCCGAGGUUCUUGAUGAUUCGAUAAACAUGAAACAUUUUGAUUCCUUCAAGAGAGCGGACAUCUAUGCCAUGAGCCUGGUGUUCUGGGAAAUUGCAAGCAGGUGCUCUAUCGGCGGCAUCCACGAGGAAUAUCAGCUGCCUUACUUUGACCUGGUACAGUCAGACCCCUCUGUGGAGGAGAUGAGGAAGGUUGUGUGUGAGCAGAAGCUGCGGCCAAAUGUUCCCAACCGGUGGCAGAGCUGCGAGGCCCUGCGUGUGAUGGCCAAGAUUAUGAGGGAGUGCUGGUAUGCCAAUGGGGCAGCCCGUCUCAGUGCCCUACGCAUCAAGAAGACCCUGUCUCAGCUCAGCCAGCAGGAGGGCAUCAAGAUGUAGGCUGGUAGCCCCAGACAGCUGUCAUGUGACACUCUCCACAUGCUCCUCUUCAGGUUUUAUUUCUUUACUUUUUUAUUUUAAGGAGGGCAGAGCGGUGGAGUUGACUUUUUUUCCCCCCCCCCCGCAAAUGUUUCUUCUCGAUGCCCGGAUGGCAGAACUGUGGGAGUGGACUUUUGUGGGUCUCUGUGAUAUGGAAGAAAGGGUACAGGCAUCUCCCUCUGUUUGUAGGUCCUUUCUGUGUCCCUGUGUACACGGGGAGAACUUUCCUCUCUCCCUCUCUCCCUCUCUCUCUCGACUUCUACAGAGCCGUAGGGCAGAGCUCUGAGAACCAUCACGGACUCAGUCUGAUGCAGCUGUACAAACACAGACCGAGAAAGCUUCGCAGUUCUUGACGUGGACAUUUAGGUAACAUUGCAGAAAAAUCAGGCAGGUAAAGUCAUUUUACAGGCUGCUGCUGUGGUUCUAACGAGGCAGUGUUUUGUUAACAUACAAAUAGUAUUCGUGCGCGUGUUGGAUUAGUCUUUUGAUGUUGGUUACCCAAAACUGGCAUUUUUACAUUUCUUUAAGUUUUGAUACAGUACCAUCUGGCUUAGGUUUCUUUUUUCCAGAAUGAAACUUGUCUACCCCACCUGUAUCCUGUAGGUUGUUAGUUUCUUUUAUAAUUUGCAAUCAAAUGUGACAUGACCUCAUCCAGUCUUGGCAAUCAUGCUAUGACGUAUGCAAAUAUAUAAAUACAUAGGUAUAUUUUAUAUAUUUACUGCUCUGUUACUACAACCAUGACUUCCAAGCCAGGUGUUACCAGAAAGUGCCACUGCUACAAAUCAGUUCCAUCUCCUUUUGCCAGACUGUUUGUUUAUGUGCGCUGGUGUGUGCGUGCGUGCGUGUGUGUUCGUGUAAAGUAUGGAGAGGAAUGUUUCUACUUAUGCAGCCCGGAAGGAGUGUGCUGUGCGGUAUGUCGGGGAUCGGCAAAGACCGGCCUCGCUUACGUCGCACCUCCACCACGUCUUUCUUACCCCGACCC